UUUUAACGUCCCGCUUUACCGUCCGUUUACUGUUCACAUUUCGUUUUUCUGUUUGUUUUUUUUUUUGGAAAACUUGCCCUUUCCAUUUUGAAUUUUAGUUAGUCAAACGAAAGUUUAGUGUGUGCAUCAGUUUACUUACGUGUUGUGCUCGUAUAUCGUGAAGUCUUCAAUAACUUAACUCAUUUUCUUUUUGAUUUCUCCCGGCCCCCGCACGCAAUAAUCACGACACAUAAGUUUGUAUGGACUGGUGCUGCCACUCUGAUAACGACCGACAUCGAGGAAGCCAACGAGUUACUUAGAACCAAUCAACGAAAAUUCAAUUCCUCAUUUCAUCGAAAACGAAACCAAAAGGACUUUUAAUCGCCAAAUUCCGAUUGCAGCCAAUCGGACAGUAGGGGACGAAGAAGAAACAUCAAGAGAAAAAAAAGGUCGUCGUCUGUUUUUGAUUCAAUCAAAAAUGGGAAGAGCCAAUUGGAUGAGGUGGCUCCUCUUGCUGGUGGCCGUGUCCGUCUCUGCCGGCCAGCAGAACCACGUCGAUCUGCACGACGAUGACCACAACCACAACCCCAUGGGUUGCGACUGCAUGGAAUAUUGGGCUUGCAUUACCAGUGGCGGCUCGGCGUACAGCUACUGCGGCAACAUGGACCAGAGCGUGUGUUGCUACGUGCCGCGAGGCGCCCGACCCAUCGGGCUUUUGCCCGUCCUCAACAAAUCCAAGUGCGGACGUAAAGGCAACGUGGCCGCCGCCGUUGGCGAUCGCAAACGAACCGACGGAUUGGCCGAUCUCGGCGAAUGGCCAUGGCACGCAGCCGUGCUGGAGAAACCACAAGACUUGUACGUCUGCGGCGCUUCUCUUCUAGACGAAUCGUGGGUCGUGACGGCCGCACAUUGCGUCGAUGAUUAUUUGGCCAGCAGCAACAUCAGCUCCGUGCUCAAGGUCCGUCUCGGUGAAUACGACGUCAGCGUCACCACCGAGCAGCUGGCCUACGAGGAGCUCGACGUGUCGCACGUGAUGGUCCAUCCGCAGUUCAACAAUUUGUCGCUGGCCAACGAUAUCGCUUUGCUCCGUUUCGUCCAGCCCGCUAGACGUCGGCCGCAUAUCGACGUCGUCUGCAUGCCUCAUCCGGGCCAAGUCUCGGAGACGGAGGGAACCCGCUGCGUCGUCACCGGAUGGGGUCGCAAGCUGGAAGAUGGUACCCAUUCAGUGAUCCUCAAGGAGAUUGAGGUGCCUUUAUGGGACGACGCCAAGUGCCAGGCGGCGUUAAGGACCCAAUUUGGACCGAAUUUCGUCCUACCACCCUCGUCCAUCUGCGCCGGCGCAGAAGGAAGAGAUGCCUGUGAUGGAGACGGAGGUGGACCCCUUGUGUGUGAAAAAGAAGGUCAGUGGUUCCAGGUGGGUGUCGUCAGUUUCGGCAUCGGCUGUGGGCGGACCAAUUUGCCGGGCGUUUACACCCGACUCUCGGCUUUCGACGGAUGGAUCCACGAGACAAUCCGCAGUUUCAAAACCCUGUCCGGUUAAAACAAUAGACGAUAGGACGUUCUGAUACAAUAGCAAUGAAACAACAACAACACACAACACAACAAAAAUGAUUCAGUGAAUGAUAUUAGAAUGUUUAGGUUUCAAAAAAAAAAAAAAGAAAAAGAAAAGAAAGAACGGACGAUGAAGAGAAAGACGGUUUUUGAAAUGUUCUAAAUUCAAAUGCAAUUAUAAUAUCCCAAUCGCAGAUGUUCGAAUGGGGUCAAUAUCAUUUCAUUUGAAUUCUAGAAAGAGGUUACGUUUUUUUUUUAUUAUUAUUAUUUGAAAUUUUUCUAUUAGCCUAUUUUCUCCACUGUGAAAGCGAAUCUUUGCGGCCAAUUAUUUUGUCUGAAAAAAGAAAGAAAAUUAAGAAAAGACGAUAUUAAAAAAAAAAAAAAAAAAAAAAAAAAAAAAAACUAAUAAAUUUAAUUAGGAACGGUGUGUUUCUGUUGGAGAUUUCACUCGCAGUCGUGUGAAAGAAAUCACGUCAGAUACGCAAAUUAUGGAAGAUGUUAAGGCGCAGGGCGCGUGCUCCAAAUUGGACGAAUGUGUGCGUUUCUCCCUUUUUUUUUU